AGCGGCUUUAAAAGGCGGCUCCCCACCCCCCGGCGCACUCGCUGCUCGGGCGCCGCGCGAGCCUGCCGCUGCCAUGCCUCCGCGCGCGCCGCCAGCGCCCGGGCCCCGACCGCCGCCCCGGGUCGCCGAUGUCGCGCGGGGCGCAGGGGCCGCCGGCCGGCAGGGGCUCCCGCCGCUCCCGCCGCGCCCCUGGCGUUGGCUGCUUCUGCUCGCGCUGCCGGCCGCCUGCUCUGCACUGCCACCGCCGCGCCCCGUCUACACCAACCACUGGGCAGUGCAAGUGCUGGGCGGCCCCGGCGCGGCGGACCGCGUGGCUGCGGCGCACGGCUACCUCAACUUGGGCCAGAUCGGAAACCUGGACAAUUACUAUCAUUUUUACCACAGCAAGACCUUCAAGAGAUCGACCUUGAGCAGCAGGGGCCCCCACACCUUCCUCAGAAUGGACCCACAGGUAAAAUGGCUCCAACAACAGGAAGUGAAGCGCAGGGUCAAGAGACAGGCACGAAGUGACUCUCUUUAUUUCAAUGAUCCCAUUUGGUCCAACAUGUGGUACAUGCAUUGUGCCGAUAAGAACAGUCGCUGUCGAUCAGAGAUGAACGUCCAAGCGGCAUGGAAGCGCGGCUACACAGGAAAGAAUGUGGUCGUCACCAUCCUCGAUGACGGCAUAGAAAGGAAUCACCCAGACUUGGCCCCCAACUACGAUUCCUAUGCAAGCUACGAUGUCAACGGAAAUGAUUAUGACCCAUCCCCGAGAUAUGACGCCAGCAACGAGAACAAACACGGCACUCGGUGUGCGGGAGAAGUCGCUGCUUCAGCCAACAACUCCUACUGCAUCGUGGGCAUAGCAUAUAAUGCAAAGAUAGGAGGCAUCCGGAUGCUGGACGGCGAUGUGACCGAUGUGGUUGAGGCCAAGUCUCUGGGCAUCAGACCCAACUACAUUGACAUUUACAGCGCCAGUUGGGGACCAGAUGAUGAUGGGAAGACAGUAGAUGGACCAGGCCGGCUGGCUAAACAGGCUUUCGAGUAUGGCAUUAAAAAGGGACGCCAAGGUCUGGGCUCCAUCUUUGUCUGGGCCUCUGGGAAUGGUGGGAGAGAAGGGGACCACUGCUCCUGUGAUGGCUACACCAACAGCAUCUACACCAUCUCUGUGAGCAGCACUACUGAGAAUGGCCACAAACCCUGGUACCUGGAGGAAUGCGCUUCCACUCUGGCUACCACCUACAGCAGCGGAGCCUUCUAUGAACGGAAGAUCGUCACAACGGAUCUGCGUCAGCGCUGCACGGAUGGCCACACUGGGACAUCAGUCUCAGCCCCCAUGGUGGCUGGCAUCAUUGCCUUGGCUCUAGAAGCAAACAACCAGUUGACCUGGAGGGAUGUGCAGCACCUACUAGUGAAGACGUCACGGCCAGCUCAUCUGAAGGCGAGUGACUGGAAAGUCAACGGAGCUGGGCAUAAAGUUAGCCAUCUCUAUGGAUUUGGCUUGGUGGAUGCCGAAGCUCUGGUUCUAGAGGCGAGGAAGUGGACGGCAGUACCAUCCCAGCACAUGUGUGUGGCCACCGCAGACAAAAGGCCCAGGAGCAUCCCCAUAGUGCAGGUGCUGCGGACCACAGCCCUGACCAGUGCCUGUGCGGACCACUCAGACCAGCGUGUGGUGUACCUGGAGCAUGUGGUAGUCCGAAUCUCUAUCUCACACCCACGCCGGGGCGAUCUCCAGAUCCACCUGAUUUCUCCCUCUGGAACCAAGUCUCAACUUUUGGCAAAGAGACUGCUGGAUUUUUCCAAUGAGGGGUUCACAAACUGGGAAUUCAUGACCGUCCACUGCUGGGGAGAAAAGGCUGAAGGAGAAUGGACUCUGGAAGUCCAGGAUAUACCAUCUCAGGUCCGCAACCCAGAGAAACAAGGAAAGUUGAAAGAAUGGAGUCUCAUUUUAUAUGGCACCGCAGAGCACCCAUACCGCACCUUCAGCUCCCAUCAGUCUCGCUCACGGAUGCUGGAGCUCUCAGUCCCGGAGCAGGAGCCUCCUAAGGUUGCUGGACCACCACCCCAGGCAGAGACUCUAGAAGACGAGGAAGAGUACACAGCUCCUUCCAUCCAAGGCUCUCCUAAUACUUUACAGACCAGUGUGUGCCAUCCCGAGUGUGGUGACAAAGGCUGCGAUGGUCCCAAUGCAGACCAGUGCUUGAACUGUGUCCACUUCAGCCUGGGGAACUCCAAGACAAACAGGAAGUGUGUGAGCGAGUGCCCCUUGGGCUACUUUGGGGACACAGCAGCAAGACGCUGCCGACGCUGCCAUAAGGGAUGUGAGACGUGCACCGGCAGGAGCCCAACACAGUGCCUGUCUUGUCGCCGUGGGUUCUAUCACCACCAGGAGACGAACUCGUGUGUGACCCUCUGUCCUGCUGGGCUUUAUGCUGAUGAAAGUCAGAGACUCUGCCUCCGGUGCCACCCGAGCUGUCAGAAGUGUGUGGAUGAGCCUGAGAAGUGUACCGUGUGUAAGGAAGGAUUCAGCCUCGCACGGGGUAGCUGCAUUCCGGACUGUGAACCAGGUACCUACUUCGAUUCUGAGCUCAUCAAAUGUGGGGAAUGCCAUCACACCUGCCGGACCUGCGUGGGGCCCAGCAGAGAAGAAUGUAUUCACUGUGCAAAAAGCUUCCACUUCCAAGACUGGAAAUGUGUGCCGACCUGUGGUGAGGGCUUCUACCCUGAGGAGAUGCCUGGCUUACCCCACAAAGUGUGUCGAAGAUGUGACGAAAACUGCCUGAGCUGCGAGGGCUCCAGUAGGAAUUGCAGCAGAUGUAAAGCCGGCUUCACGCAGCUGGGGACGUCCUGCAUCACCAACCACACGUGCAGCAAUGCCGAUGAGACCUUCUGCGAGAUGGUGAAGUCCAAUCGGCUCUGCGAACGGAAGCUCUUCAUCCAGUUUUGCUGCCGCACCUGCCUCCUGGCUGGGUAGGGGUACCAGCUGUCCGCAGAGGGCAGGGUCCUCCUGUCUGCCUGUUUGCCCAUCUACCUUCCUACAGAUGGUCAGCCAUAGCCUGUUCCUUGGGGUGGCCCUGCAUCUGACAGCUGUAUCUCCCCACCCAGAGCUGGGUCCUACUGCAGCAUCUCUGAGCACCUGAACGAGGUGGAGUUGGCCCUUAAGGAUAUGUGGCUAAAUUGACAGAAAUCCCCUUGAACUCUGCUUGCUGGCUGCAGUCGAAAGUUGAACUCAAAAUAGGAACAAAAUGAAUUAUGAGACUUAUACCUGCAGCUUCGGAGUGGCUUCUGGGACCCUAGUUUACUGAAACUUCAAGACCAAAGCAGAAAAAGAGAGGUGCCUGGCAUCACAUCAAGUCCUCCUCCCACAUAUUUGUGUGGCCGUGACAAAUCUCACCGAGUUGGCUGACAGGAUCCUAUGCUGUCCUCACCUGUGAUGAUAGGCCUUGCUUCCUCCCUGUGCAUCACUGGCCACCAAACAGCCUGAGGGACAGUUUGAUCAGACUGUAAAUAAAAUAGGUUUCAGGGCAGAAGAUGUAUGACCACUGGGGAUAGAAUCUAUGUCUACACAGUCAGCUCCUUCCAAAAUGGCAGCCCCAGCCUGGAAGGUCCAGCACCAAACCGAAGUAGGUCCGCACAUCCUCUCUUCAGCGUUCUCUUCUGAGUGAGACGAGCUGUCCAUGUGACUGUUCUACCUGUGUCCCUGGAGCCUCCUGGGCCCGAACCACCAGCCAUCUACACAUACAGAGCCUGUGAAGGAGGGCCCAACGGAGCUACUUAGGACUAGCCAAAAGACAUCUGAUGGCCAGGCAGUUCCUUAAACAUGCAAAGCCAGCCCCCGAAUCACUAAUCGCCAGCUCUCCAUGGCACACAACUGCUUUUCAAGUGCAUUUGGCCUCUGCGCUCAGGACUCUGUUCUUGGGUGGAUGCUGCUCUGGUCCAGUAUGGUACAAGCCUAUGUGAUAGAGCUGGAUUGAUUUUCUGCCAAGCCUGUGUGGGCAUUUUAUAAGCUAUGUGUUCUAAUUUUUACCGAUGUUAAUUAUUUUGACAAAUAUUUCAUAUAUUUUCAUUGAAAUGCGCAGAUCUGCUUGGUCAGUUCCCUGAGCUGAGGGAAUAACAUUUGCCUUAAAUUUUUCCAACCUCGUCUCUCUCCAUAUGGUCCUGCUCUCCUCUCUGAGUAUAAUGUGUUUGUCUUGUCACCUGUAAGUGGCAAGGACUCAGCUGUUUUCUGUUGAAUCCACAACUUCAAAUAAAAAAUCAGUGAAGCAAAUCUAAUGUUAACCCUGAGUUAAUAAAAGAGUUAACAUCCCAUUG